AUGGCCGGCUCUGGUGCUGUUUGUUGGUUGUUGGUUGUUGGUUGUUGUGGACCAAAGUCAAACACAUCCACAAGGGAGCCCUACCGUCUCCGCAUAACGCAGGAGUCGCCGCAGACGCGCGCGACGCAAAUUCGCGAUGAUCAGCAAGUGUUGCAGUUCAUUUCGGGACUGAAAACCCUCCCUGAGGCGCUGGGCAUCUUCGAAACGACCCCGCUAUCUCGAGGCCAGUCACGUGCUUCCGCCAUCGGUUGCGUUCGGCGCCAUCACCGUCAUCGUUCCGCCCGCCCCUAUACCAAUCGGUCAAACAGACGACUCCAGCCAUUAAUGAGUCGAGUGCUCACCGACUCGCAACCCUCCAAUACUACCACGCGGGUUGUCCAGAAUACAGACAAGCUCACCGUCGUGGCUCGAUCGUACCUACGCGGGACUAAGUAUUUCUUUAGUUUAGAUGGCUCGCCCACGAAUUAAACUUGAG